CGCUUAGUUUUCACUCGAACGGCAAAGCGUUGGCAACGCACGCGGAACGCGCACGUCUAUAAAAAAAAGAGGCGAAAAUUGCGAGGCGAACGUUUUGGCUUCCGCUGCCGCCAAAAUCACAAAAACAAAACCGAAAAAUAUAUACACUAAACGACAGGAAUAAAUAGAUUUUAGAUUUACAAUGGGCUUCAAAGGCGGAAGCAGUCCGCGCAUCAACAAAACGUUGAUAUCGCUGAAGCUCGUCGUUUUUCUCAUCAUAAGCGGUCUCACAGCGUUGCACAUUUUGCAUGCGACGAAGCCGUUGCUGUUGGGUCUGAACUUCUCGGAGUACCGCACAAUCACAAUCACAGCUGCAUUUGUUUCGAUACUGGGCCCAGUGAUAGCCGGUCCUUGGGCCGAUCGCUUGGCUGCCCGCAAUCCCAAUGGAUUCGGACGUACGCUGCGUCGCCUGACCGCUGUCUUUCUGCUGCUGACAGCUCUGAUCUAUGCCAUGCUCUUCUUCGUGCCAGAGGUGGCGCGCGAACCGGCCGUUGAGCCGGACGUGAACUUUGGCUGCGAUGCCAAUGGCGCGUUCAUAUUCCAGAAGCUCUGCAGCAACGGCACCUGCCACAACUGGGAGCACAAGAAGGGCAGCGUCAAGCUGACCCACUGCACCUACAGCUGCCAGAAUCCCAACUACCAUGAGAACAUGUAUCAGUUCUGGCUAGGCGAACUGCCCACAGCGGCGCCCUCCACCGAGCAGAGCUCCGAGUUCGAUUACGAUCAGGAUGAUCUGGCGAGUGCAACCACGGAAAGGUACAGACCUAGGAGAGACGUGAACAUUGCUGACUUGGCUGCAGACAGCGCCGGAGUGGAGCAGAUCAGCUCGGAGGUGCUGCGCACCAAGCGCCAAGUGAAGAGCGCACCCAAGAAGGUCUAUGUGGAGCCACCGCAUCUAUGUAUAACGGAACGCAACGAGCAGGGCGAGAAUAUAGUGAAGCACUGCCAUGUGUACACCCAGGAUACGCCCAACAUUGUGGUGCAGGCGGAUAUGGGUCCUGCCAUGGACGAGCCCAAGACCAAUGAAACCAUCGGCUGGUGUCAAUAUCCACUGGCGGGCAUUCAGUGCAAUAUUCCACCACAGCAGGUGAAAUACAUGAAGGAUCUGACAAAUGGCACCGAGUGCAAGCCCAUCAUUGAGUGCAUGAUUGUGGAUGCAUACGACGGCAAGGACAGUGUUCUAGCCGACAGCGAAUGCAUCACGACCACUGGCAAUGUGGACGAUACUCUGAUUGGCUAUCUGAUCAUUCGCCUGCUGGGCGAUGUCUUCGCCUUGGCUGCCCUGACCCUGCUCAACACGGCGAUCGUGAUUGCAGUGCGUGAAACGUCGGAGGGUCGCGGCGAGGUCUGCCGCCAGUAUGUGUGGGGUGCCAUUGGCUAUGUGAUACUCUUCUCGCCGCUGGACUUGCUCUUCAAGGAGCAUCAGCCCAAUCAUGAUGCCGCUCUGGCUGCCCUGAUCAUAUUGAUCGUCUGCUUUGUGCUCGGCGCCGUGGUGCUGCUGAGCGCCUCUCAAAUGCCGCUCAGUCCACCCGAGUGGUGGUGGCACACCAAGACCGGCAUGCUGGUGGUGCCCAUGUCCGCCAUUCGUCGCUAUAGUCCCGAAAUUGCGGUGCUCACGCUGGUGGCCAUCCUCUUCGGCACCUUCUGGAGCAGCGUGCACAGCUUUCUCUUCUGGACCUUCACGGACGUCAAUGCCAUUUGCUACUCGGGCAUUAUUCUGAUCUUGGUGCUGUUCUUCAAUGUGGACAAGUUUAUCGAGUAUUGUGGACACUCGAACAUCUUCAUUGCCGGCUUUGCCAUCUUUGUCAUCCGCUUCACGGCACUCAGCGAUGCUCAGACCAAUUGGCUAACUGUCGUCAUGGAGACCAUCGAGCCCGCUGUCAUUGGCCUGAUCUGGAUUACGAUCAUACUAUAUAUGCGACACGCUAUGCCACGCAAGCUGACCGCAACGGGGCAGGCCAUCGCUGUGCUGGCCUUCUUUGGUUUAGGCAAGGGCUUUGGCGCCUUGAUUGGCCUGGCUCGCGAGGAGAAGCAUCCGAAGCUGCCCUACUGGACCUGCACCUACCAAUGGCUGGCCGUCGUGGCCUGCAUCAUAGCCUUCGUCUACUUUGUGAUCUACAAUCUGAUAUUGGCACCACGUUGCACCGCCAAGCCGCAGCAUUCGGAGGAGCUGAUCUCGGGCUCGGCGUCGCAGAACUUUGGCACAAACGGAACCGCCAGCAAUGGCAAUGGGGCCGGCAAUGGUGCUGGCAUUGGUCCAGGUGCUGGGGCCGCUCUCAAUGGCAAUGGCAAUGCCAAUGGCAGCUACUCACCGCUGAGGGUCUACCACAACGAGCGGGGGAAGAAGGGUCAAUUUAGAUACUAAAUAGUUUACAAAGGCAAUGCGAUUCGAUUCGCAGCAGCGAAAAGCGUUUUUCGAUUUAAUUUUUAAUUGUGUAUGGCGCACAUAUUUUACUCCACUUCAUGGGGAUAUUUUUGCUAAGUGUAUACACUGAGAAGAACAAAAA